ACAGCCGCGGGCGCCGUUGCCGGGGUCGGAGGUCACGGCGAGCGGCUCGGAGGCCGGAGGGGGGAAGAUGGCCGUGGAGUCGCGCGUCACCCAGGAGGAGAUCAAGAAGGAGCCCGAGAAGCCCAUCGAUCGGGAGAAGACGUGCCCGCUGCUGCUGCGGGUUUUCACCACCAACAACGGGCGGCACCACCGGAUGGACGAGUUCUCGCGCGGGAACGUGCCGUCCAGCGAGCUGCAGAUCUACACCUGGAUGGAUGCAACCCUUAAAGAACUGACCAGUUUGGUGAAAGAGGUCUAUCCAGAAGCUCGCAAGAAAGGCACACACUUCAACUUUGCAAUCGUCUUUACAGAUCUCAAAAGACCUGGCUACCGAGUGAAAGAGAUUGGCAGCACCAUGUCAGGCAGGAAGGGGACGGAUGAUUCCAUGACACUGCAGUCACAGAAGUUCCAGAUCGGCGACUACUUGGACAUAGCAAUCACGCCUCCCAAUCGCGCCCCGCCCCCCUCGGGGCGCAUGAGACCUUAUUAAACUGUUUAUAUUUUUCCUUCCCUUGUUUUCCAUCCGAGUCCCCCCAACUACCCCCCCCCACCACCCCAAAAUAGCCUGUGUGAAAUCAGCUCUGCUUCUUAUCAUUAAGCGUGGAAGCUCCUUUAAAAAUUAAAUUGUAUUGCCUCCAUUUUGAAACUUGGGUAACUCUAGAUAUGGCUGGGUUGCCUAGGUAAGAGAACUAAGAUGAUGAAGGGGAUCCAUGCUUCUCCAUGUCCUUUUUGUAAGUCCUGAACAUAAAAGUGCUCUUAAUCAUUCUA